CUCUGCAGAGCGAUCGAGAGUGUGGCAGUCUGUCUCUGAGUGCUUUGUUUCAUUGUGUGCCAUUGUUCCCAAUAACAGAUUAUCCUCCCCAUCUCCACCUCGCUCAUCUGCCUUCCUUCGGGAGGAGCUGGAGAAGCCAGCUGCACAGAGGGGAAAUACCUGCAGGAUAAUGACCUAAAGGCCUUUGUCAUUUUGCAGAAUUUGUUUUACCAAAGACUGUGGAAUAAAGAUAGUUCAGCUCAGGGUGUUACUUUUGGUGUUGGGAAGAAGAUGAGGAAACACCGGAUGUUAGCGCUGUGCGCUCUUCUGGGCGUACUUUUUGCAGGACUGCUGCCCAAACUUGACGCUCAAGAGGAAGCACAAGAGUCAGCUGACCUUGUACUCUUAAUUGACGGAUCUGAGAAUGUUGGAGCGGCCAACUUCCCCCGUGUGCGCGAUUUGGCCAUGAAAGUCAUUGAGGGCCUUGAUGUGGGCAGGGACACAAUUCGGGUGGCCGUGGCUCUGUACAGCGCGGACCCCGAGGUUCAGUUCUUUCUAAAUACCUAUGAGAACAAAGCCGAUGUCCUGGAUGCAGUGAAGGCCAUUCAGUUCACAGGCAACAAUGAGGCUAACCUUGGAGCCGCCUUGGAGAAAGUCGCUGAGAGCCUGUUGAGUCCGGCAUCAGGGGGCAGGGCAGAGGAGGGGGUGCCCCAAGCUCUGGUGGUUAUCAGUGCUGGACCGUCCAAUGACGAUUUCAGUGCGGGUGACCGGGCUCUUAAGGCAGCAAGUGUUAUCACGUUUGGCGUAGUGGUCGGCGGCACGGCCACCGCCGAGCUGGAGACUAUCGCCACAGACAAGAGCUUUGUUCUGUCGGCCCCCGAUUUCAGGGCAGUGGCAAGCAUGGGUGACCAGCUGCUACCAUACGUUAACGGGGUGGCCCAGGGUACCAUUGUCGUUCUGAAUGAAUUCACAGAAGCCUUGGAAGUGGGAAAAAGGGACAUCAUUUUUCUCAUUGACAGCACUAUGGGUGCCACAACCAUCAACUCUCUUCGUGAGUUUAUCAAAAGGUUUGUUGACACCAUGCCAAUCGGACCGGACCAAGUGCAAGUAGGUGUGGCCCAGUUCAGCAACGCUGCCAGACUUGAGAUAGACCUGAACUCAUAUGGAUCCAAGGAGGACCUGAAUGCGGCACUGGGAAGACUCAAGCCAAGACCGGGACAAGUGGUGAACAUCGGGGUGGCCCUGGACUUUGUGAGGACCAACAUGCUGAGGGGUGAAAAGGGGAGUCGUAUUCAGCAGGGUGUGCCCCAGCUGGUGCUGUUGAUGACCAGUAAACAGUCCAGUGACAGUGUGGGGCAGGCUGCUGAGGCUCUGCAGCGCAUGGGGGUUCUGACCCUGGCCGCUGGCUCUAAGACUGCCAAUGAGCAGGAGCUGAAGCAGAUUGCCAUUGAUGAGAGUUUGGUGUUCAUGCUGAAGGACUUCCGCAUAUUGCUUCGCAACCCAAGGAUGAUUGUCUCUCUCCUCUCCACUCUAUCUGGGGUUGUGGUGACUGAGGAACCCACAGAGCCAGUGGUUGAAAUUACAACAGUGCAGACCCAGCGAGUAGUCAGAGACAUCGUCUUUAUGGUGGAUGGCUCUAGCUACAUUGGGGGUGCCAAUCUUCCAUAUGUGCGGGAUUUCAUUGUCGGCGUGGUAAACCUGCUGGACGUGCGGCCCGACAGGGUGCGCAUUGGGCUUAUGCAGUUUGCAGAGAACCCAAAGAUCGAAUUCUACCUGAACACACACAAAACAAAGCAAGAUGUGCUGGCUAGAGUUGAUCAGCUCAGGCUAAUGGGAGGAUCUGCUUUGAACACUGGAGCGGCUAUGGAUUAUGCCCUUACCAACAUGUUCCAGGCCUCGACUGGGUCACGUAAGAGGCAGGGUGUCCAACAGGUUCUUCUCCUGAUCACUGGAGGCCCAUCCCAGGAUGAGGUUAAAAAGAUUGCAGACAAAGUGGCUGUGGCGGGUGUACUGACCUUCACAGUCAGUGCCGGCCAGGCAGAUGAGGCCUACUUGAAGACGGUCGCUUUCGUCCCAAACUUGGCUUACCAUGAAAGCAGAUUUUCUAGCCUACCAAGUGUUGUUGAACAGAUCAUGACUCCUUUGAUUGCUGUGGUCGGUGACACCGACAUCUCAGUAACAGACAUCGAAAUAACCAAGGAACCUGCAGUUGCUGGAGGCGAGAGGGAUGUUGCAUUCCUGAUUGACGGCUCGGAUAAUGUCCGAGCAGAUUUCCCCUACAUCCGGGACUUUAUCAUCAAAGUCAUUGAGCCUCUUGAUAUUGGACAAGAUAGAGUACGGAUUUCAGUUGUCCAACAUAGUGAGAGGCCAGCUCCCAACUUCUACCUGAAUACAUAUAAGGAUAAGGCUGAAGUGUUAAGGGCUGUUAAUGAUCUAAGACUGGCCGGUGGAAGGAGUCUAAACACCGGAAUGGCCUUGAAAUUCAUGAAGGACACUAUCCUGUCUCCGGUUCAUGGUAGCCGUGCGGCCCAAAAUGUCCCCCAGUUUUUGAUCGUUUUGACCGGAGGCAAGUCAAAUGAUAGUGUGAAGGAAUCUGCUAGCGCUUUAAAGACCGAUGGAGUGGUACCGUUUGGCGUUGGUGUCAAGGAUGCAGACCCUAAGCAAAUCGAGGCCAUUUCUCACAACCCAUCCUUUGCUUUCAAUGUGAAGGAAUUCAGCCAGCUCAAUAUGGUACAACAAAGGCUCAAUAGCUAUGUGAGCCUUCCCAAGGAAGAGCUGAAGGUCAUUCUGGACCAAGCCUCGGUUCAUGCUUAUGCUAUCUCAGUUCAUACUGAUGCUGUGAAAAGAGAUAUUGUAUUCCUGCUGGAUGGUUCUGAUGGCACAAGGAGUGGAUUCCCAGCAGUGCGAGAUUUUAUUCAAAGUAUAGUGGGUAAACUAUCUGUGGAGGAGAACAGAGACAGAGUUUCAGUGGUUCAGUACGCUGACAAACCAGAGGCCCAUUUCUAUCUAAACUCUCACAAAACAAAGGAUGCCAUUAUUAAUGCCAUAAGUAAAAUGAGGCACAAGGGUGGAAGGAGCCUAAACACUGGGGCAGCUCUCCAGUUUGUAAGACACCGUGUCUUUACAGCCUCCUCUGGCAGUAGACGACUGGAAGGUGUGCCCCAGAUUCUGAUCCUUUUGACUAGCAAGAAAUCCAGAGAUGAUGUUAAGGGUCCUGCUGUAGCUCUUAAAGAUCUGGAAAUUGUGUCAUUGGGGGUCGGAGUUGGGGACGCCAAUGUCCGUGAAUUGGAAAUGAUUUCCUUCCAACCUGGUUUCACAUACCAGGUCACCGAGUUCUCUGAGCUGCCCACAAUCCAGCCACAGCUUGUUGCUGCGCUUAAAAGCCUGUCGAAAGACACCGAAGAAUCAGUAGCUCCUGGGAUUCCUGAUGUGACACCUGGGAUUCCUGAUUUAGUAGAUGCUGCACAGAGAGACAUAGUGUUCCUUUUGGAUGGAUCUGAUGAUACUAGGAGUGGAUUUCCAGCCAUGCUUGGCUUUGUUCAAAGAGUAGUGGAAAACGUCAAUGUUGGAGAGAACAAAGAUCGAGUUUCUGUGGUCCAGUACAGCCGAAAUCCAGAGGCCCAUUUCUUACUGAACACACAUCCAGAAAAACAAAGUGUUCUACGUUCUAUUCGAAGCCUGAAGCACAAAGGGGGUAGACCACUCAACACUGGGGCAGCCCUCCAAUAUGUAAAGGACAACGUCUUUACUUCCUCCUCUGGAAGCAGAGGCCAAGAAGGCAUCCCUCAGAUACUGAUACUGCUGAGUGGUGGCAGAUCUCAAGAUGAUGUUGGAGGUGCUGCUGUUGCUUUGAAACAGAACAGAAUUGUACCAUUCUGUAUUGGUACAAGGAAUGCAGACAUAUUAGAGCUCCAAAUAAUAGCUCGUUUCCCCUCCUAUGCUCUUUCUGUCCCUUGGUUCGAUGACCUUGAAAGUAUUGAACAGCAGCUUUUGUCACUUGUAAAAAGGGUCCCUCGUCAGCCAAAAGUUUAUCAACGAACUGUAGUAGGUAAGGAGUUAUUUCUCUAACUCGCUUCA